AUGAGUGCGGCGUUGUGGUAUCACCAGAGAAAAUCAUUCUUGCGAUCAGCGUUUAUAUUAGUUUUACUCUUCAGUGCGACAGUCGUAAUACUCUUUGGUGAUGUUUUGUUUCUCGCUCAAAGAAACUCACCAGAGACAUCAACAUCAUCGUCUGCUGCAUCUUUUGACGACGGUGUAGGUGUUUCGAACCAAGCAGUCGCACAAGACGUUGAUAGAAAGGAACCCACAGAAUCAAAACAUGUAGAAAUUGAAGAAAUACACGGAAAGGUUGAUGUAAUGGAAGAGAAUUUCCUCGAUGAAUCAUCAACAACAACGACAACAGAAACAGAAACGACAAAAGCGUCAAAACUGACUCAAAUGCAAAAGGACACGUUAAAAAAAGUAGUAGGCGCUGAAUUCUUCGAUGAUCUCAUCCCACCCGAUUAUGUUCCGCAAACCGAAUAUAAGUCUCCUUGUUGGAGUGCAGACGAUAGUUUACGAUGUUUGCCGUUUUUCUACGUGUUGGGACACUGGCAAUCCGGCGGCCAGGACUUGAUUGGAAGGCUUGUUAAACAUCCAGAGGUUGUUGAGACCAUCUAA